UCGGAUAAUUUCGCACCGGAUGUCCAUCUACCAAUGUUCUAGACGCGUCCGUUGUUGUUGCACCGUUCGUUGCACCGUUCGUUGCACUAUUCCGCGACGGAUAAUGCGGCGAACUUCUUACGAGGAAAGAUAUUUAUUCGUUUAGUCCCGUUUCUUAGACUAAACGCAUCGAAAAAGGGGGUGGGUCACGUGAACACCAUCCUGUGCCACCGUUUGAGAAAAGCACGAUGACUCCAACAAAGUUGUCGUCCCUCGUGAUACUUCAUGCCAUAGUUAUUGCGGUAUCUUCUAUCGAUCGUGAGACACGAGUUAAGGAAGAUCAUUUUCUUGGAGGAAUUUCGCAUAAUAUUCAGAAUCGUCAAGUAGUUUGGCCCCAUUGGUUUCGCGAAAGACAAAGUCGUAUACAGCAGGAUAGAAAACACGAUUGGAAUCGUUUUCGGAGUUAUAAAAAUGACGAUGACGAUGAUGAUAUUGAAACGAGCAUAGCAGUUGCACCUACGAUCGGAUCCUCGAUUGGUUAUUCCCCGAUUGGAUCAAUCCUACGACAUAAUAAUGCAACUAAAUCGGACAAAUUUGGUGCCAUCGCUGUUGCGGAAUAUUCUGGUACCAGGGCCAUAGCUUAUGCAGGAUUUCACGAUGAUCAUCGGCAUCGUGUUUAUCCGGAAACUCCUGUUACCCGUGGCUAUCAACAAAUUCUUACCACAACUACGCCCACGACAUACACCAGACAUCAUUCCGGAAGGCGAGUAUGUGCACGACAAACUACUUCUUCUUCUUCCCCUUACCAUCAUCGCGGAAGACAGAUCAGGUUAGUCUACACAGAAGUGUCGCCCGGUUUUAUGUGCUGUCCAGGUUGGAUGCAAUUUACUCGUCUCAGUUUUGGUUGCAAUAAACCAACCUGUGCAGCGUUAUGUUUGAACGGUGGAACCUGUAUUUCUCCAGGGAAGUGUAUUUGUCCGAAAGGUUUUACCGGUAGCCAAUGCCAGUCGGACGUAGACGAGUGCGUGACAGAGAAACCAUGUGGACAACUUUGCAGAAACUUACCCGGUAGCUACGAGUGUUACUGCAGACCCGGUUUUCAUCUUCAACAAGAUGGACAAUCCUGUCGUAGAAACGACACCGAGGACACGGCUUUCGAGGCUCGAGAUCUAGAGAACGACUUCCAUGAAUCGUUGACGUCGACGUCGACCACGACGACAACGAGUACCACAAGAAAACCAACUACCACCUCCUCUCACGAUGUAGAUAACAAAGUGGGGGAUGUUGACCUCGAUCAGGACUAUGAAAUCAUCAUGAGGAGACUAACUAAACUUGAAAAACAAAUAGCCAAAAAUAAAAAAAGAGAAACCGAAUCUACGGAUAUGAGCGCAAAAAUUAUUAUGGCUGUUGAAAGUAUAAACGAUAUGAGAAGAGCUGUUGAGAAUGUGCAAUUGAUGCAACAAGAGAUAUAUGACAUGAGAAGUAAGAUGAAGCAUUACGAGUUAGAGGCGAGGAAGGUACAACAUUUAACGAAUCGUGUGACAGAUUUAGAAAAUAGACUAAGAACACAUUGCAGACCUUCCUUAACAAUAGAUCCAUAAAUUUAAAAACUUAUAUUAAAUAGACUGUCGU